AUGCGCACCAUUGACACGACGUCACUAGAAAUGGAUAGCACCCAAGUCUCGUCCGCACAGGGCUUCGAGACACUGUGCAGUUACAACUGGCAAGACGACGGGGCCAUCUACGUACCCGGAGGACCUCCCAAGUGGACGCCUCCCGCGCUGCCAUUCACCCUCGCAGAGGACAGAGGCCGCCACUUUCUCGACCAAAACACCUCUCGCGCUCCCAAGUACCCAUUCGAGCCUGCCUUCCGCGCGCUCUCCAUGAUGAACCCAAACACCAAUCUCGACAAGGCCGACAUAAUCGUCAACCGCAACAGUCUCCGCAAGCUGCUCGACCUCUUUGGCGACGGCCGGAAACCCAAUCCCUUCUGCAUGGGCCUGCACACCAUCAACAACACGCUCGUUAUCAAUCGGAAGGAGCGGCGCUUCGAAAUCGUGACCCACGGCACACUAGACUCGGGGUACGGACACAACUUUGAAUCGAGCUUUACAACGCCCGAUUGCGAAAUAGCGGACUCAAGUAGCCACCACCGUGUGAUCCGGUACCAUAUUGGGCCGCUGGACUGCGUUGUUCGCUUUGAAGUCGACGCGUACUACGACGACGCAGAUACAGAUGAAGCUAUUCCUACUCCUGCCUCAGAGAACCGCCAGAAUCAAACCGUAGACCCAACCGACGACCUUACAUCGGCAAUAUCCCACCUGAAAGUCGCAGAUGGAGCACCUAUCCCAGCAAGCCAUCAUCACGGUCGCGGCCGGCCGCCCAGACCAUCAGCCUCGGACAAGCCGACAGUCGCACUGGCAAAAGGAAGUCUGAUUGCGCCCACGCGCCUCGCGGAAAUCAAAGCUAGCAAAGGCCUCACCCGCCUGCUCGCCGCCAUGCCGCAGCUGUGGUUCGGCCGCACGCCCUACUUUAUCGUUGGAAAGCACGACAUGGGCACCGUGCAUACCAUUGACAUUACGCAUGCCGCGGCUGACUUUGCGCAAUGGGAAGAAGCGAACCAGGAGCGCUUGCGCAGGAUGGUGAACCUGCUGGCGCAAAUCAAGCGCGUGGUGCAGAAAACGAAGGGUGGCGCGGCGGUGCUGGUGUACGAUGUCAAGGGGGGCCCGCUGCGGAUUUUCAGGAUGAAGACUAAUGUCGGCGUGUUGCCGAGGGAUGUUAUUGCGAAGCAUUGGACUGUGUGA